CUUUCCCUUCCUUGGAAAUUGCACAGCGCGCUAGUCUGCCAAAGAAAGUGAUCGGCGCCGCAUCCAGCGCGACUACUGCGGCGAGUUUCCGCACAGGAUCUGGUCGCGGAGUGUUUAAAACCCCGGCGGAAGAGGAGAAGAAGCAGCAGCGAGCCGUGUGCGUGCGCCGUGCGACCCUCAGUACUGACGUUAUCUGCUUUCCGGAGGAUCUAUGAAGGAGCACGCAGCUUUUUCAAGGUGCACACCAGACUGAGGGAACACAGAGUGAAUCCCCGUUCCGGGCAUCAGUUCCUCUGCGGUGGCCCGUUAUGACAGCUGGGACAUGGACCACCUGGACCACUACCAGCACUACUUCUACGAUGACCACCACGACCCGGAUGAGGACUUCUUCAAGUCCACGGCUCCCAGCGAAGACAUCUGGAAAAAGUUUGAGCUCGUACCCACCCCGCCCAUGUCCCCUAUCCGGGUAGUGGAGGACUUGGGCAGGUUCGGGCUGGUGUGUCCCACACUUGGGGACAAGCUGGAGUGGGUGUCACAGUUUUUGGGGCAGGAGGACGAACAGCAGCAACAGCAACAACAACAGGACCUCCCUUGCAAAGUGUCCCCAACCACUGACUCAAUAGGGAACCUGAGCUCCAUCAUUAUCCAGGACUGCAUGUGGAGCGGGUUUUCGGCCGGACGGCAGCUCGAGAGGGUGGUGGGGGAGCGCUGCCCCCCCUGCCAGGCUAAGGGACCCCCCGCCGCCACCACCAAAGUGGUCACUGGAACGUCACCGGGGAGGGCGCAAGGUGCACCCGGCGACGCGCUGCCUCUCGGCUGUUUGGUGGCGGAUUGCGUGGACCCGGCCGCCGUGCUCACCUUCCCCUCGGGCGGAGCCUGCAAGAAGCAAAUCUCCUCUGGGUCAGAGUCCCGCACCAACUCAUCAGAUGAUGAGGAUGACCAAGACGAGGACGAAGAAGAGAUCGACGUGGUGACGGUGGAGCACAAGCAACAUCGCAAAUCCCGCCGCCUGGUCAACUACCGCAAACCUGCGACCAUAACUGUGCGAGCGGACCCCCUGGACCCCUGCAUGAAGCGGUUCCACAUCUCCAUCCAUCAGCAGCAGCACAACUACGCAGCCCCGUCGCCCGACACGCUUCUGCCGUCAAAGGAACCGGCGCCGUCCCGCAAGAGAGUCCGCCAGGAGACCUCUGCCGUGGCGCUCCACCAGCUGGGUCAACACUCUCAGUACCACCAACCCCGCCUUGGCUACACCCCCUCCAACAUCGACAGCAGACGGUCUCACGCCACCGCGGCCGGGGCCCGUUCUGAGUCACCUGACCUGGGCGACUCGUCCCCCACCUCCCCCGCUUCACCGUCGUCACCCCCCAGCUCCUCCUCGUCGUCGUCCUCGCCGCCCCGCUCCCGCUCCCCGCCGCACCUCUCCAGCCCCCAGUCCUCUGAUUGCGAGGACACAGACCGGCGCAAGGCCCACAACUUCCUGGAGCGCAAGCGGCGCAACGACUUGCGCUCGCGCUUCUUGUCGCUGCGGGACGAGAUCCCCGGCUUGGCCAACUGCGCCAAGACGCCGAAGGUGGCCAUCUUGACGCGGGCCACCGAGUACCUGCGGCAGCUGCACGCCGGCGACCGGCAGAAGGCUCACGAGAAGAAGCAGCUGAAGGCCAAGCAGGCCCAGCUGCUGCAAAGGCUGGCGCAGCUCAAGCAAUCUUGAACGCUGGCAGAACUGAAAACUAUGAAGGAGAACGGACGCUUGUUUAGAAGCGUUGGAGCUGUGUGGGUGGAUUAUUAUUAUUUUUUUUUUUUUUCCCCAUUUAACUUUUUUUUUUGUGUUGUUAUGUUUUGAUUGUGAUUUGCACAUUUAGCUUCUGAAUGCUAGACAAAGGUUUAGUUAGCCAGUGAGGACAGCAAAUGUAGGGCUGGGUCCUUGGUUAUCUCAUUACACUGCUCACGAAAAAGUUAGGGAUAUCAGGCGUUUGGGUGAAAUUUUAGGAUGCGCUUUAACAUUUAGAGGUGAAUUUGAACUUUUCUAAACCUUUUGCAGGCCUGUGUCCAACUCCUUUAAUUUAUUCAGUAAUUGUUCUCUUACAAGGAGCCGAUUUGGCUCCGUGAAUCAACCAGUACAUUUCCAAGAAUGUCCAUGUGAUCCUUUCUGUGACUCCUCCAGUCUCUUGCACUCUCUUUUGCAACCAACAAUAAAAUAGCUGAACGGCAUCCAUAAACUAAUACAUUUCCUGGUGUGUUUAAAAUUCCUAAAGGCACCUAAAUUGAGCAAGAGUACCAAUAUUAGGCUUCAGACUGAUUCUCAAGAGGGAAGUGGAGACUCGAGGAGUCACAGAAAGGCGGAAUGGUCCAUCUUUUGACAUUUUCAUGGAAUAAACAACGAUUGUGAAAGUGCCAUUCAGCCCCGUGUUAUUAAAGAUGAGCUGUGCAAAAAAAAAAAAAAGUGCUGAAACGUCGAAUGAAGAGCAAACUAGCUUUUUAUGUGCCUCCUGAAAUUUCAACCAAAAACCUAACAUUGCUUUUAUCCCAUGCGAAUGAAUCAGACAUUGAAGUGGUGCAUGGGUUGCGGGGGCUCCGUGUGAUUACUGUUCUGGACAGAGGGAUGGACCCCUCAAACAUUUCUGCGCUACUUUGUGCCAUUCUCCAUAGCCCUCAAACACUUUUUUUUGUUUGUUUUUCAUCACUCCCGAAAAAUGCCUCUCAGGCUGUAACCAUUUGCAGCUCAAGUGCAACUUAUUUCAACUGUUUUGUAGCAUUAAGAAUUUGCUUGAUUUUUAUUUUGAACCCCCAAACUAGAAUCUGUACAAAUGUAGAAGUAUUGUGCCAUGGAAAAAAAGCCAAAUGGUGAAUGUUGGCUUCAGUAUAGCAACCCAAAAAAAUCCCCAGCGAAUAUUGGCUUCAAUUUCAUUUUUCAUUGUCAACUAUUUUGGGAAAUGAGCCCUUUGUAAAUCAUCAUUAUCUUUCUGUCUUAUUUUAUUUGUAAAUGUGUAUUAUCAUCAACCACGGACGCCUCUAGAAGGUUUUCAGUGUUUCCAGGCGAUCCCGUUAUGUGUACAUAGUACCCAAUUUCCGCGCAGUCCCUUCAGAACCAAAACCAGAGUUUUGUACAUUACUCGCACCUUGGCCCCAAUCAAUUUGUCUUAAAGCUUACUAAUGUUUUUUUUUUUUUUCCAGAGAUGACUCAAAUGCUAUUUUUGUUAAUAAAACUAAAUAAAACACUUGAGUUGGACUCGGAUCGCAUGGGACACUUUGUCACACAACAAUGCCUCUUUGUUUGUGUUUUCUGUGUCAUGGACAAAAAAAAAAAAAGAAAAAACUCAUUUAAAGUUUGAUACUAUAUUUUCCUACAGAGCUGUGUUCAGUGUGAACUUUUUUUUUUUUUUUUUUUUUUUUUUGUGGCUGACAGGGGCCUUUCUGGUGGUUGUGCGCAUAAUGCAGAUUCGUCGUAUUUGUGUGAUUAAAAUCCCCCGGACCUGGCGAGCACUGUCUUGGUGGGGAAGGGAAGCCUUUUUAUGAUUGUAUUGUUGCUUUUUUUUUUUGCAUGCUCUGUACUCCCCCCAGUCCGGAAGCGACCCAUCUUAGAAUAUCUCAGAGCAGCAUGUCCUGUCUUUGCCAGCACUCAGGAAUAAUAGCUUUGGCGCUUAUAUCCGCUGUAUGUUGCAACCUCAGGAGCCCGCCCCCAGAAUCAUUGAUUCACCAUUUUUUUUUUCCCACAUCCUUCUGCUCAUCAAUUUAAUAUGGACCCCCCCCUCCCCAAGUUACCCUCUGUUUUUGUUUCUCCAAAAGUCUCAUCAUUUAUUUAAAUGUUCAAUUUGUAUCUGUUGCCAGAUGUGGUCGUUGCUAAUACAUUUGCAGUUGAUUUUGGAGCCUUGUUUCAGCACUUUUAUUUCUGUACCUCAUAAGCCUAUAUGUAUAAAGACUUUCAGAAAAUCAAUAAAUUUAAUUGACAUCAUA